CUCAGCUGAGAAACAUUCAGAGCAACGUCGUUUCAGAAAACUGCUGUUUUUCUUCUUCAAAACAGAAAAUACCCCAUCAUCGAGCACCAUGAGCAGAUCAACAGACUGGACUCCUGCUUUGUGGAUGGACACUUUUGAGGAGCUGCUGUAUGAUGACAAUGAGCUGGACUAUGAUGACCAGUGGUCUCUCAACUUCAGCUACAGCCAGACAGACGACCUAACCAAGGAGGAGAAGAAAAGAGGCUGGAAAGUCUACUGCCACCGUGCCUAUGGACGUUUCCAGUGCGGAUCCUGCCACAAGAACUGGCCCUCAGCACGGGUGGUGGUUUUGUUCCGGUACCGACUGAGGGGAGACCGGGGGACAGUGAUCAUGCGGCCCUUUGGACAAGCCUGUCGCAGUUGCCAAGACGAUGAGUUCGAUCUUCCAGGUUUUGCCAAGAAAGAGGUGGAACACGCCUUACUCAGGCUGUUUGGCAAAAUCCGUAAGAAUUGCUACGGAGAGGAUGACGAUGAUGAUGAUGGCUCUUCAGCAUCCUCGACCAAAGUGUGGACCAAACCCCAUGAGAAGAGCCUGUGUGAGGCCUGCAUCAUGGGCAUUUGUUGUCAGGAUGAAUAGAAGUGUGUGCAUGUGUGUGGUCUGUCAUAGUCUACUUUUGGGGACAAAUUUCAGACUUAGGGCCAGUUCAUUUGGGACAGCUUGGUGGACAAAAGUCUUUACCAUGAUAUACAAACAAUACCAAAACAACUUCUCUUUCAGAUAUAACAGUUUAUUAAAGUUAGCUAUCAAUUAACAAUCAACAUCACUCCAUUCAAUAAAACAUCCAACUACAAACUCUCAAACAUAAGCAUCUAUAAUCAGCAAGCAUGUGUGUGUGUGUGUGUGUGUGUGUGUGUGUGUGUGUGUGUGUGUGUGUGUGUGUGUGAGUGAGAGAGAGAGAGAAAGAGAGAGAGAGAGAGAGAGAGAGAGAGAGAGAGAGA